AUGAAGGUCUUAUCAGCGUCUCUAUUGCUCCCUCUUCUACUAUGCACUCCCUCCACCAUCUUUGCACAACAAUAUGACGAUGACUACCAAGAAUACCAAGACUAUGGUGGUGACUAUGGACAAGACACAUUAUACCACGACUAUGCAGAGCGACAAGAAAACAAAGGUGUGGGGAAUACUGGCGGUGCAGGUAUUGGAAAGCUGAUCGUCACUGGGGCUGCAACGUGGCUCUUGGGGGCCAAAUACCAUUCUGGAAAAGUUGCCAAAAAGCUAAAGCGAAAGCACCAAGGCGAACAAAAGAAAUUGUAUUCACAAUAUUACAACGAUGUUUACAAGCUCAGCGAACAAAAUAAACAAUUACAACGACAAGUGGAAGAAUUGACGGAUUUAGUGAAGUCGACCGAGGCAAAGGCAGAACUAGAGGCAUUGCAAAGGGAUUACGACGAGUUCAAGCAGCCCGAUAUCGAUGGUGAUGACAGAAUUAGCCGAGCAGAGUUCAACAUGUAUGUUAAGGACUAUCUUAGCAGUUACCCAGGUUUAUCAGAAGCCGAUUACCCAAAAUUUGAAGACUUUGAUCACGACGGAGAUGGAUUUGUCAGUUUCCAAGAGUACUCGCAACAGAUGGCCCUACAGGCGCAACAAGCAGAGCUGGAGCAAAUGUAUUCUGCAGAAAAGCAACAAAAAGCUCAAGCAUUAAAUGAUAUGUACAAGUCGGCAACAGGUGGAGGAGGUGGUUUGUAUCACUAG